CCGUUCCCUUUCCGCCGGAGAGUCCGCCGGUAGACGCCGACGGUUUGGGGAGGACAUCGAUCUCCUUUUCUCCUCGUUUCACCCUCCCUUGCAUCCCUUACCCUAUUCUUCGGCUCGUACUGGAUGUCGUUACCGAGACUUGUUUCUUAGAAGCAAACCAAAAAAGACCCAUCUAGAAGGAGGAAUCUUCCUUUGCGUUAUCGUAAAAUCCCAAUACAAGGAAGACCCUGAGAAGGGCUAUUGAAAUUGUGAAGGAUUAUCCACUGCUACAAAUUGGGUAAUGGAUGAAAGAGGAAACAACGAGCACACUCUUCUCUACCAGAUUGAACAGCUUCAAUAUGAGCGCGAUCAACUCAGGAAGGAUAUUGAGCAGUUGUGCAUGCAACAAGCUGGUCCUAGUUAUCUUGCAGUAGCAACUCGAAUGCAUUUUCAGAGGACAGCUGGUUUAGAGCAGGAAAUUGUGGACUUGAAAAAGAAAUUGGCUGGAUGCAUUAGAGAGAAGCAGAACCUUCAAGAGGAGCUUUCUGAAGCUUAUCACAUAAAGAGCCAGCUAGCUGAUUUACAUGCUGCUGAAGUUAUAAAGAACAAGGAAGCAGAGAAACAAGUGAAAUUUUUUCAAGGUUGUGUGGUAGCUGCUUUUGCUGAACGAGAUAACUCCCUAAUGGAGGCUGAGAAGGCUAAAGAGCAUGAAGAAGCUAUGUCAGAAAAAAUCAAUAAUUUUGAGAAGAAAUUAGAGGAACUUGAAUCAGCAUUCCUUGAGGGGAAAAAACUUAAUAAUUCCUUACAGGUGGAAUUGGAAGAAUUAAAAAGGCAAAGUGAAUCUUGUCCGAAGGUAGUAAGUAAGUUUUACAAGAUCCGAGAACGAGAUACUGGGCUUUCUGCAGAUAUACCAUUGCUGGACAUGUGUAGUUGCCUGCUUGAUGAUCCUCCAGAAAGAUGGAUUUAUAACAAUGAUGAGGAAACCUCCACUUCCAAAUACAUUGCCUCCUUAGAAGAAGAGAAGGAUACUUUGAGAAAUUCAAUUAGCAAGCUUCAAAAUAAUUUGCGAAUGGGACUCCAAAUCGAGCAACAUCUUAGGAGAAAUGUACGAUCUUUAGAGACAAAACAGAUAAUGUUGGCUUCGUUGGUAAAGGAAGGAUUAUCAGCAAUGCGAAGUUAUCAUGUGGAACAUAGGUUAAAGAUCAUACAAGAGUUGGAUGAAGUAUCAUCUUGGAUGGACAAAAUGCUUGUUGAGGUUCGUAGAAGAUUGAGUGAAUCUCAGAUGGACCAUGAAUCAAGUGUAGUGUCCUCUGACGGAGAGAAACAAUGUGAUGACGUUGAAUGCAAAGAUGUGCAUGUCAUGAAUGAUGUUAACUCCCAUUUAUUGGACAGGAAGAUUGAUAUUCCUUCAAGUAAUGCUGUGCAUAGCAAUGGCAACACAUGUGAUACACCAAGUGCCUUUGCACUAGCAUUGCAAGAGAAGGUUGAAGCAUUACUGCUCUUAUCACAGCAAGAAGAGAGACAUAUGUUGGAGAGAGAUCUUAACAAAGCUCUGCAAAAUAAGUUAGAGGAACUCCAAAGAAAUUUGUCUCAAGUUACCAGUGAGAAGGUCAACGCUCUCAUGGAAUUGGCUGAACUUAAAAGAGAUUAUGAACUAUUAAAAGACCAUUGCAGGAACAACAGUCGUAGUUUGAAAGACAGUUGUUUUGUUGAUUCUGAUAAAAACAUUACUAUCCAAGAACAAGAAGGGAAAUUGAAGAAUAUUUUGAAAAAAACAUACUUGAAGCGUUGGAUGGUGCCUGACCACAAACAUCAAGAUGGCUCUCCAAGAAACAUUGAAGAGAGUGACCCAGCCAAAACUAAGCAUUCUAAUAUAAAUUUUGCUAGAUUAAAAAUUGAAAAUGCUACUUUCCAAGAAAGCAUAGCUCGUUUGGAACACCUUACCUCCUCAAUUCGUAGACUUCAUCUUUUGCUUUUGAAGGCUCAAAAUGAAGCUUCAUCCAUCGAAAGUACAAUUGAAGCAUUGAGCAAUAUCAUGACAGAGGCAAAGCAAAUGAAGACUGUGCUUGAUGGAUCGCUCCCGAUCAGCUGGUCCGGGGAUGAAUCUGAUGCCUACAAAAGUCUUUACGAGUCAUCCGAUCCUUCGGAGGCCUCCAAAAGUGAGAAAAGUGAUGCUAUUCCUGCUGCCGGACGAGAGAUGGCAGAACUUCUGCUGCUUGCUACCAAGCUUCUAAUCCAAAACAUGAGCAAGUGCGAUGAUUUACAUGCAAGUGCUUAAUGUAUGAUCCAUAAUUGUAAAAUUCUUAUGCUGUAUAUUUCUUCUAGAUUUUUUCCUUGACAAACCACUUAAACCAAGCUAUUGAAUAAAUUUGUUUAUAUAUUUAGUAAUUUAGAAUA